UGUUUCUGUCCUUAAAAUCGGUGGCUAGUGGGGCUAUUUGCAGUAGCUAAGUUGGCUAACUUUAUGUCAGCUGACUCGUUUUGACAGCCAACCUUCUCCUAAUAUGCCCCCUAAUUCCUCCGCGCUCAGGCCUGUGGAUGUAGCCCCGCUGUGUGCUCGCUGGCCUUGACUCGUCCAGGUGCUUCUUAGUUUGUAGCACUUUAAAGGUGAACAUAGAUCUGGUCUCGCAAUGCCCCCACAGCUGCUCCCACCUGUCAACUAGCUGCCUCCCCCUCCUCUCCCCUUCUUCUCCCUCCCAUGGCUCACUGCGUCCCACCCAAGCCGAGCUCCAAGGCCCAGCCCACGGAAAGUGUCAGCGUGGACCAGAGCAUGAGGCCGGUGCUGUUUGAGAUCUUCGGUGAGAUCUGGACCGUCCAGUGCCGGCUCGGUCAGGGAGUCUCGGCCUCUGUUUACCAGGUGAGCUCCGGCAGAGCCGCCACUGCGGCCGUCAAGGAGUUCCAGGCCGAUUCCCAGGGAGGGGACUACGGCUACCACAAGGAGAGGGCUGUGCUGGAGGACAUCCAGGGACAUAAGAACAUUGUUACGCUGUACGGCGUAUUCACCAACCACAGCUGUGUGGGCGUCGCCACCCGCUGCCUCCUGCUGGAGCUCCUGGAUGUGAGCGUGUCGGAGCUGCUGGUGAGACGCAGCAGCGGCGUCAAGGGUGGGAGGUCCCAGAAGGGCCACUCCAUGUGGCUGGUGCAGCACUGUGCCAGAGACAUCCUGGAGGCUCUCGCCUUCCUCCACAGGGAAGGUUACGUCCACGCCGACCUCAAACCGCGCAACAUCCUGUGGAGCGCCGACGACGAGUGCUUCAAGUUGAUCGACUUCGGCUUGAGCUUCAAGCAGGGAAACCAGGAUGUGAAGUACAUCCAGACAGACGGGUACCGAGCCCCGGAGGCGGAGCUCCAGAACAGUCUGGCCCAGGCAGGGAUGGAGGGAGACUCUGGCUGCACGGCUGCCAUCGACCUCUGGAGCCUGGGCGUCAUCCUGCUGGAGAUGUUCUCUGGAAUCAAGCUGAAGGACACGGUCCGCUCCCAGGAGUGGAAGGACAACAGCGUCGCCAUCGUCAACCACAUCUUUGCGAGUAACGGCGCCACAUGCCCCGCCAUCCCAGUUUACCACCUCAGAGACCUUAUCAAAAGCAUGUUACUCAACAAUCCAAAGCAAAGAUGCACCGCUGAAGCUGCCCUGCUGAGCCCCUUCUUCAGCAUCCCCUUCGCACCACACAUCGAGGAUCUGGUUCUGCUGCCUUCACCGGUUCUGCGUCUGCUCAACUUGAUCGAUGACAGCCACCUGCACAACGAGGAAGAGUAUGAAGACAUACUGGAGGACAUGAAGGAGGAGUGCCAGAAGUACGGCUCUGUGGUUUCUCUGCUCAUUCCUAAGGAGAACCCUGGAAAAGGGCAGGUGUUUGUUGAGUAUGCGAACUCCAGCGACUCCAAAGAAGCUCAGCGGCUGCUGACGGGGCGCACCUUCGACGGGCGCUUCGUGGUGGCCACCUUCUACCCGCUGAGCGCCUACAGAAGAGGUUACCUCUACCAGACGGUGCAGUGAAGAUCAUUUCAGACCACUGGGGGGGGGGG